AUGGCCCAAUUACAACAUUUAAUUCGACAAAACGAUGAAAUUCAUGCCCAUGACGAAGGCAACAAUGGUUUCAGCAGUCAUCAUACUCCACCUUCUUCUUUCAACGUUCCUUCAAAACCAACAUCGGGAGGUGUUGGAGCCCUACUCUCUGCCCACGCCGAAGAACAGAAAAUGUCCAAGAUGAAGCGUCUUUCUACCAAUUUAGCUGAAUUAUUCUCAAAGAAAAAACCAAGUACACCAACCAGUGGCAGUGGUGGUCAUGAUUUUAAUGACACAACCUCAGAGUGUCAUUCAACAGUAUCGGCAGACCAAUCCAAGAAAAAGAAACAAGAAAAGAGGAAGAGUUUGUUUGGAAAGUUGUUAACGUUGAACAAGCAUUAA